GCUAAAAUUUAAGACAAGGAAGGAAUCCCACCUGAUUAAUAAAGACUCAUUUUUGCAGGAAAGUAAUUAGAAGAUGGAAGAACACUUUCAGAUUAUAACAUCUAAAAGGAAUCCACUCUCCACUUAGUUUUGAGAUUGAGAGGUGGAAUGUAAAUUUUCGUAAAGACUUUGACUGGAAAAACCAUCACUCUUGAUGUUGAACCAUCAGACACUAUUGACGCUGUCAAGGCUAAAAUUUAAGACAAGGAAGGAAUCCCACCUGAUUAAUAAAGACUCAUUUUUGCAGGAAAGUAAUUAGAAGAUGGAAGAACACUUUCAGAUUAUAACAUCUAAAAGGAAUCCACUCUCCACUUAGUUUUGAGAUUGAGAGGUGGAAUACUCUUGACAUGGAAAAACCAUGCAGCUCUUGAUGUUGAACCAUCAGACACUAUUGACGCUGUCAAGGCUAAAAUUUAAGACAAGGAAGGAAUCCCACCUGAUUAAUAAAGACUCAUUUUUGCAGGAAAGUAAUUAGAAGAUGGAAGAACACUUUCAGAUUAUAACAUCUAAAAGGAAUCCACUCUCCACUUAGUUUUGAGAUUGAGAGGUGGAAUGUAAAUUUUCGUUAAGACUUUGACUGGAAAAACCAUCACUCUUGAUGUUGAACCAUCAGACACUAUUGACGCUGUCAAGGCUAAAAUUUAAGACAAGGAAGGAAUCCCACCUGAUUAAUAAAGACUCAUUUUUGCAGGAAAGUAAUUAGAAGAUGGAAGAACACUUUCAGAUUAUAACAUCUAAAAGGAAUCCACUCUCCACUUAGUUUUGAGAUUAAGAGGUGGCAUAAUGAUUUUCGUCUCUAUAUUCACUUCAUUCAUUUUGUAUAUACAUGUUAAACAAUCAGACACAAUUUUCAUUUAAACUGCAUUACAUAUUUAAUCUCUUCCUAGUUUUAUUCUUCUUAUGAAAUUUUGUUAUUCUAGGAAGAACAGCUUUCUUAUGCUAUUCGGAUUUAUUUCAUCGUCCAAUUCAUUUCAAUACAAGCGAAACUUAUUAUUUAUAUGCGUUAUUAUCCAUUUUUUCUCUGUAUCACAAUUUUGA